AUGUUUCCCUGUGUACAGAGCUUAGAAUACCAGGGAAAAGAGGCCUCCGCUAGCGGGGAAUUUUUCAGCGUGUACACCUUGACAAACGUAUUACCUAGCAAAACACUACCUGGUUGUAAAACAGCAUUCUUUUUGUCCUAUAUUGUUGUGUCGCUUGUGUACAGAUAUUUUAGUUACUAAAAUUGACUUUGUCUUGACCACAAGACUAGUACAAACGCUUGAUAUACUGUGAGAAUCCCGAAGUAUGAAAAUAUCCAUUUUAGAUUUGAGUACCGGAAUGUUUUGAUCACGUUCGCAGCAGAGACCUUGAGAUUCCAAGACAGGGAAUACUACGAGGAUAAGAUUUUCCUAGUACUAAUUAGUGCGCGAUUGCACCAGCGUCAUUUCAGCGGGAAAACGCGAUAGCUUUUGUCAUUCUACUGCGGGAGUUUCAAAAGCGUCGAGAAUGUCGAAGUGGCGGAAAAUAGUUAUCAAAUGUUAGAAGUUUUAUCAUUUUGCCGUCAGUAGAGGGCGUAAUUAGUUUCCUUCAACAAAAACAACCACGCGAACUUUUCUUUUGGAAAAGUAUAAUGGAGCUUUCUCUGUUGUCUAUUUUCUUAGAACAUGGUGCAUAAAAAAAACUUUCAGACAAAUUUCCUCCUCGCAGCCGUUUUUCGUCCUCGAAUCUAUUAAAAGUCUCAAGUGUAUCAAGGGUGACUGAGGCUCUAUGUUUCUAUCACAGUCAAUAUUCAUCGCGCAGAAUGUUGACUUAUCUUCUUUGCUUAAGUCUACAGAAUUUUUUCGUAGAUUUUAGAAAAUAAGAACCUAUUUCAAAUUUUAGGCUGAACAGGUUGUUAUAUAGAGGGGACUUAACCGGUAAAUUUUAGCCUAACGGGUUCUUCAGGUUCUUAGUAGUCGCGGAGUCUUACUGUAGCCCCCUAACUCAAAAUCUAGGCUAACCAAAAACGAGUCGCACUUGAACUCGACCUUACACUGUGGUCCUCUUUCAGUUAGGAAAGGAUGGCAUUCACCCUUGUACACAGCAUCUCCGCCUCCCUGGCCAGCGUUCGCUCAAGCCUGAACAUGUGAAGUAUGAGACGAAGGCUCGAGGUACUAAAUAG